AUUCAUCUCCAUUCCGUCAUCAACUAGGGAAAACUCCCUCAUAAAACAAGAGAAGAAAUUGAAAGAUUGCUUUCAUUGGAUCUUCUUGGCCCAAACUAAUCCGUUGAAUCCAAUUCCACCUGCAUGUUUUGUGCUCUUUCAGUUUGGCUUGAGCGAAGAUAAAUAUAAAACAUGAGGUCUAAGUUCAUACCUUCAUCUACUUCCACCCUCAUCCCUUUGUUGAAAUUGUAGGUUUCGUUAUGAAUCUUAAUUUUUUUAGGGAGCGGAAGAAAAUGGUCAAUAGGGUUGUCGUGACAUCCAUGUCGUGACAUGCAUGUCGUCCUCAAAGUUAGAUCCAUUCUUGCAUAGGUCUAUGAUAACACUGCAUUUGUACAUGUUUCCCUUUCAUUUCUCAAUCAUUUUGGCUUGGAUUUGUAUGUUCAUUGGCCUAUUUUACGCUAAGUUGUUUUUAUUUGAGAUAUUUCAGGUCCUAGAUUGUAAAUUGGAUGCUCAUGAGUGGAUUUCGGGACAAGCUGGAGACUACGAGAUAAAGUUAGCAUCACUAGGCAGAUUACCCGGCCUUGGAUCGUGAUUACCCGGACGUGUAUCUUGAAGAGGAGCUCGAGUAUAAUUACAGGAGGUAAUCCCCCGGGUGUUGAUGUAAAUCCCCGGCUGGGUGACUCGAGCAGGUCACUUAACCAUGCACUACAUUUGAAGAAUCCCCGGGGUCAGGGGAGAUAUACCUGCCCGAGGAAUAUGGCCAAGGAAUAUGUCACGAGUUGGUGUAAAAGUGAAUUUUGGGUUUUUGGCUAAGGAUCCGAUUUUCCAAGUUCCGAAACAACAAGAGAGAGCUAGAGAGCUAGAGAGAGAGAGAGAGAGAGAGAGAGAGAGAGAGAGAUAGUGACAAAGAACAAUCUUGGGAGGUGAUUGGAGUCGUCUAAGAUCAUUGGAUCUUGAUCCUUCACCCUCGGAGUGUCGAUUCGUAACCUAGAGAAGAAUUACAUCUUUCACAUGAUGUUUUCGACAUCCAGUUUUGUGUUUUCUCUACUCUCCAUGGAGUAAACUCUCUUCUCAUUUAAGUAGGAAGAACCCUAGUCGUGUAUGUUUGGAAUGAUUGUAUGAAACCAUUUUCAUGGAUGAUUGCUUAUCUUAUACUCAAUUAAGGCAUUAUUCAGAAUUGUAUGAGUCUUGAUCAAAUUCCUGUGGUUCCUGCUUUAAACGAGAAUGAUCGUCUUUGCAUAGGUUAAAUGAACAGCCUUAAUUGGAAGUAGUGAAUCGAUUGCUUUAGUCGAGAAGUCGAUUCACUACUCUAUACUGGAAUUGAAAUCUAGUGGAGGAGGUUUCGUGUGGUAGUGGGUGAGUUAGUUUAUUCCAGUGGAGGUUAGUCGCCCACGGGGUAUUCGAAUAGACAGGGUUUUGUGUGGUAGUGUGCUGGUUAGUUUAUUCCUGGGUGACCUUCUCAUACUUGAAAACACGAAACAUUUAUUUUCUUUCUUCCUGCUUUACUUACAAUCAACUUCACCCAAUUUUUACCGCUAGAUACUAGAAUUUCACCGAGUAAGCAAUAAACCUAGGAACCGCGUUUACAUUUAGAACCUAAACCACUAUAAUGCAUUCCUAGAUUGCAAUCAUACUUGGUCGUAGUUUAGUUGUGUUGGUAAAGGCGUGUCAAGUUCUUGGCGCCAUUGUCGGGGAUGGCUAGGUUAUUGAGGAAACGUGAAAAUCUAUUACUUUAGCAAUCACUUUUAUGCAUUCUCUCUCUUGCACCUAUUUUCCUUCACAAGUUGUCUUUUCAGCGUGUGUUUAAGUAGUGGAUGACCCGUAGCCAGUCAAGAGAUCUACUGCCUUUGUAUCACAAACUUGAACGGACCUGUCACUAGUUCAAGAAAGCACCGCGAGUGCGAGUGGCUGCGGAAGAGAACCUGGACAAGGUUAUUGUCACAAAAGGGUUAGCAAGCAACGAAGAAGAAGCUAUGGGUGAUCCUAAUCAUCAAAUGAGGGAUGUGAAUGGCCAAAUGCAACUAGAGGAGCAGACCAUGGGUAUUACCUGACAGCCAGGGCCGAGGACUUGAGAUUAAGUAUCCAACACCCUCAAGUUGAUGGCAACAACUUUGAUGUGAAACUUCAGUUAUUCAGAUGUUGAAGUCCUCGGUGGUUUUCAAAACACCAAAGGAGGGUUGGUUUUUGGAGCAGAAAUUGAUUUUCUCUCUAUUUAGAUCCAACACACCAAAGGGGACUUCUAGUGAGAGAGAGAGAGAGAGAGAGAGAGAGAGAGAGAGAGAGAGUUCUUGAGUGAUCUUGGAGUUUAAUUGAAGGCAUUGAUCAAGUUUGGAAGCAAGGAAUCAAGCCUAGAAGAAGAAGAUCUUGUGCUCCAAUUUCUAAUCUCUCUCUUCUCUCUAUAAAAACUUGCCCUCUUCUCUUGGGUUUAGGAACCCUAUGUCUAGGUUUUGGUUUUAUGUUGAUGUAUUUGACAAAUUCCAUGUUUGAUUGAUGAUUUUCCUUAAUUGAUGGAUGUUUUAAUGAAUGACAUGAGUUUGGUUUCCCUUUCAUGUAUUGAGGUUUUGACCUAGGAGUGAGAAAAUCUCCUUAGACCUCACUAUUGACAUCUUCGGGUUACUCCUAUCGUAUAUUGUCCGUGUAAUCCUCAAGGGAGUUGAUUCAAUCGGUCUCCUAGCAAUAUAUGAACCCCUAGGUUGAAUAGAGCACCUACCCAUCCAUCGAUUCGCCGUUUCGGGUCAAUCCCGAGGGAGUCUAUCUCGUAACGGUAGAGUAAUUGAGAUGAUCGAACUAGGAUGAUACUCAACGUCGAUCCAAAUGUCGGAACUAGGGGCUUCAUCCCAAGAGAGAUCCGAACCUUGUAAAUAGCUAGGUCAGUUAGUUUAGUCUUCUUAAUCACUAUCUUAGGUUGGCUAGAUAAGGAACCCUAAACCUGAAAUAAAGUAAGCUUAGAUCCUCGUGGUACGAUAAAUUUUAUUUCUUGAUUACCUAUGUUACACCCGGUCGUCGGUCAUACUUGGCCGUCGAUUGGGAAGUUGUAGUUAGGAAAGAGUCAAGUUUUUGGCACCGUUGCUGGGGAACCAUUAUAGGUUAUGAGAAAAAGGCUAAGCUCGUUACUUUAUCCAUUUUUUUAAGUUUUGUGUUUGUUGACUCACUCUUCGUUUUGAAGGGUGGUUUGUGUUUGUUUGAUUUUCUUUUCUUGUUUUUGUGUUGGUAGGUUGAAUCAUGGAUCCCAAUGGCUUCUACAUACUGUGGGGGUAUCCACAACCACCCGAAUGGGGGGUACCCCGGAGCUUCAUGGAACAAUCAAGAGGGUGGAACCCAUGGAACCGUGUUAUAUGACUAACCUCCCUUCCAACAAGAAUAAGCAUACCAUUGGGGAUUUCAAAAAGCUUCCCCAUAUGAAGAAAACUUCCCUCCUCAAACUUUGGAGAAAUCCAAGUUGGAGUUGGCAUUGGAGACUUUCAUGGGACAUUCCUCCAGACCAUGUGCCACUCCACAACCAGAGCCAAAGAGUAAAUUGGAGCUCAUGGUGGAGCAGUUUUCCCGAGGCACCGAUGAAGCGUGCGCGAACUUGGAUCUCCCACGACCCAAAUAGAAGUCUAAGUUGGAGCUUGCCAUGGACAUAUAAACCGUGUUUAGAAUCGAUUUUUCGAAAAGUCAAAAGUACAAAGCAUUCAUAUCCAACGCUAGAGUUUUCCUCGCCGGAAAACAGAUUGUAACUCCGUUAUUAUUACGACCCUAUCUUGUCCCGAAAGUAUCUAAUCCAACCCAACAAGUUCCAAGGAGAGUACUUAUCAGGAUUCCUGUGUGGUAUCAUAUUAAGUUGGGUUAUAGUACUUGUACACAGACUUAAACCGCGGUUCUUAAUUUACACUUUUGUUUGGUCUUAUUGGCAAAGUGUUCAGAGGUUAGACAAUUCGCUUCCUUUUCUGGGAACCCUAUUUCCUGGCCGGGCAGCUGGUGUGGUUACAUUGGAAGAUCACAUACUAUAAAAAAUUUAAGAGGGAUUUGAUUUGAUUCGAUGGUUUAUCAGAAACUUCCUUUGUCAGGAACGUUAAUGCUAAUCAAUUAACUUAAUUACCCGGGAUUCCACCAACACAUAAUUAAGGACCUAAUUAAUCAAGCACCCUUAAUUAGACACCUCAUCCUGCACCCUGGCCAGCUUAUGCUCCAUUUGAAGAUUUCCCAUAUCGAUUCCUUCAAUCUUAGUCAUGACGAAGUCCCGGCACAUGAUGCAAUAAAAGUCUACUGGUUCUAGAAUUGUGGUCUUUAUUUAAUCGGGGCUUGUUAUAGCUAUCUAGGUUUUACAGAUCGCACUUCAUCUAGCUGUGGCUUUGCGACAGCCUGGACUAUGUAGUUGCAUGUUGGUCUCUCAUUCUUUGACCAUGUGGGAGAACUGUUCAGCUAGCCCUAAAAACAAAAUUAGGAUCCCGUAUCUUUCACCAUCAGAUUAUGAAACCCAUUAAUAAUCGAUUUAUGGCCCCAUGUGGGUCAUGAGAAUGGUCUAUAAUAUUGUUACAUACUCAAUCGUGCCACCAACAUCCCGGGAGAAGCCGCACGCAGAUGGUGUAUAUAAUGGACUGUCACCAAACUGCACAAAUUACAUUUCCUUCCAUCAUUUCCCCAUCGAUCUAGCUAGCUAGUACUCGAUCUAUACUACUCUUGAAAACCCUAGAUCCAAAAAAAUGGUUGUUGCCUCAGCCAACAGCAGCUCCCUGUGGGGCAUCAAAAUUCAAGUACCGUAUCGGAAAUACAGGUCCAGCCCGCAACUAAGUUUCGGGCGAGGAGCAGGAGGAAAGGUCGUCGUCGCCCUUGCCCCGGCCCGAAACGAUGGUGAUGUGGCGAGGAAGGGUAGUGCUGCUGCUAUAGCCAGCAGUACUACCACUGCUCUACACACCGCCAUGUCACGGACCAAAACGGCCACCUCGUCGUCGUCGUUUCUGCCACCUCCGGUGACGACGUGGACGACUGCUAAUAAGAGCAAUAUUAUUGAUGGUCAUGUGGACGGCGACAAGUUGAAGCUGGACUUCCGCAGUGAUUUCGCGAGUGAGCCUGCGGGCGGCGGCGUGCUGGUGGAGAAUGGGCUGGUCUACAGGGAACGUGUCCUGGUGAAGUCGUUUGAGAUUGGUCCUGACUGGAAGCUCACCAUGGGCUCUUUGAUGAAGUAUUUUCAGGAUACGGCGCUAAGCCACACUGCGUGCAUGGGAAUAGUGGCUGAAGGUUUUGGAUGGACACCUUACAUGAGAAGCAACAACCUCUGCUGGGUCGUCACUGCUACACACGUAGUUGUCAACCGCUAUCCUUCUUGGGGCGAGGUGUUCCAGCUGGACAACUGGCUGUACGCGUCAGGGAAGAAUGGGCUGGGCAAUGAUUGGCUUAUUCGCGACGGGAAGACGGGCCAAGUCUUAGUUCGAGCCACCAACUGUUGUGUGAUGAUGAACAAAAAAACCCGGAGACUGUCGAGGUUCGUGCAGGAAGUGAGAGAUGAGUUUGCACCGCAUUUCUUAACGGUUAGCGAUUCCGUGGCGCCCCGAGACAAGCGCAAAAUACAACGGAUCACUAUUGAAUCCGCAGAUAACGUUCGCACCGGCCUAAGUCCUGGAUGGAACGACUUGGAUAUCAAUUAUCACGUGAGUAACGUCAAAUACAUCGACUGGAUUAUCGAGGGAGCCCCGCGUUGGAUCUUGGAGAGUCGGGAGCUUUGCGGGAUGACGUUGGAGUACAAGAAAGAGUGCAGAAUAGACGACGGCGGGAUUCAGUCGCUGUCCAAGAUGGUGGGGAAUUCGUUGGAGGGUGACGGCGUGGAGUUGGAGCAUUCGCUUUGCAUGGAAGAUGGAUCCGAAAUAAUGAGAGCCCGAACCAGCUGGCGCAUCAAAUCCAAUGUCAGGGCUCCUGCUCCGGCUCGAUGCCGCACCAUGUAAUUAAUAAAAUAAAAGCCCUAACUCCACGGCAUAUAAUAAUAACAACUUAUUAUAACAAAAGGGAUGAAUAUAAUUCAAAACAAAACAAGGGGAACUAGCUAGUUAGUACGUUAGUAAUGUUCAUUUAGUAAAUAUUGUUAAUAUUGUUGUGCCUUGGAUCAAGAUUUUCACUGCGUACUACUGGGGUCUUUUUUGGAAGAGAAAGACUUUGGUAUUGGGUGGGUUGUAAACUUCAAUCAAGUUUUUACUGCUGAGUCUUUCUCCAAAAAAAGAAAGGCUACAGCAUUGGGUUUUUAUUUGAAUAUACAAAUAUAGAUUUCUAUCCUAUCGAUUUCUAGAUUAAUAAAGUAUCAAUUGACACCAAUGUCGAUGGUGUUUCCCGGCGAGAAAACAUUUUUUUAGACAACAAAUUCUAAGACACGGCUCACAACUCUUCAAACAAAAUUCGAAUGAGGGUGUUUGAUUGAUGGUUUUUGGGAACGAGAUCUAAGUUAAAUUACUUCUACUCCUACGGAGGUUCAGCAAGAGCUCCAACUACGACUAAGGCUACAUUGCAUAGAAAAAGAUAAAGUUUGAUAUUGGGUGUCAAAUGGUUGGUUGUGGAACCGCUGUCUCUGUCGACCCCUCCUCCUAUUUAUAGCGAUGAAGAGGUAACCGUCGUGGAAAACUGCCUCUAGGAUAACUCCCAAAAAGAAAUCGCUCCCUGCUUCUUUGGACGUGGCUGACAUGUCUCUUGAACAUGGUAUGAGUGGCAUUUCAUCUCUCAACUUCCUAGGUACCCCCUUGAAAACCGUCGUUCUCUUGGAGUAAUUUCUUGGAGUAUAGCUUGCCUCAUUUGGUCUUGUUCCAAAUCUCGUGUCAUGCUAGUCUUUUGAUAAGCAUGUCGUGUCUCACAAAGGGGUCGUGGUCCUCUUGCCUCGUGGCCAUGGACUUCUGACUCAUGUCCAUGGCCCUCUUGGGACUUAGUCACUAGUGCCAUAAUUCUCCACCACCACACCCUUCUCAUUCGUGUCCAUGACCUCUCUCAUAAGGCGGCAUAGACCUAUCAAUCAUGCUCAUGGCCCCUCUCAUGAGGCGGCAUGUUCUUCCGAGACUUAGUAUAUUUUGGGUCGUUUAGUCUAGAUCAUGAGGCGGCACGGCCAUGGAUUUCUCAUUAAUGUUUGUGGACCUUCCCAUGACACGACAUGGCCUUCUCAUACUUAGUAUUUUUCAAUCGUGCCUAGGUCCUCUUGUCUCGCGUCCAUGCCUCUUCUCGUGAAGCGGCAUGAACCUCUCAGAUUAGUCAUUUUUUUCUCAUAUGAGAGAUAUCUCUCACGCGUCAUGGCCUCUUCCUUCUUUAGCCAUGCCAUCAUCUCUCUAGUCAAGUGACAUGCACAUCUAUGAGACAUGCAUGACCCUCUUCGUGAAGCGGCAUGUACUUCUCGUUCCAGAAUAAGUUUAUUUUUCAGUUAUUCGGUCUUGGUCGUGGGGCGGCAUGUGCUCUUCAAUUUUGAGACGGACAUGGCACUUUCGUGAGGCGACACAUACUUCUACAUUUUAUAUGGAUAUGACCCUCUUCGUUGAGGCGACAUGUCCCUCUCCAGACUUGGUGGUUUGGGCUUAAAAUCAAUAUACAUAAGGCUCAACU